AUGGCGACAGGCGAAGGAUGGUACGCUGGCCGUGGACUGAUCUGCCUGGAUUGGACGGCUUGGGCUAAAUUAGUUAGCCCCAUGUAUGGUUUAUUGGCGGCACAGAUCAUUGGAGGAUUGGUUGUGGAACGAUUUUGGGCAAAUCGUCAAAGGACCAGUUGGUGGUGUAGCAGGCUAACAGGGAGGUGGACUUCGUGGCUUCCGGUGGGGGCGGUCGAUGGGUCUCUUGGGGAGAGAUAUAUUGGUUCUUAUUUGGUGGAUCAUUUUAGUACCUUAUUCUCUUCUACGAAUCCAAUAUUAGAUGAUUUCCUUUCUGAUUUGGUGAGUCAUGUUAUUACUGUUGAUGAUAAUGUUGCCUUGUGUUCUAUUCAUGAAGAAGUUGAAAUUUUUCUUGUCAUCACUGAACUUGGCCUUAAUAAAAGUCCUAGUCCAGAUGGUAUGACAUACUUGUUUUACAAAACCUAUUGGCAGAUUGUUAAAUCUAGUGUUGUGUCUUCAGUUCAAUCUUUUUUCCGGGGUGGGUUUAUGCUUAAGGAGUUCAAUCAUACCAAUAUUGCUCUGAUUCCGAAGUUAGUGAAUCCUUCUAGGGUGAACCAUUUUCGUCCUAUUAGUCUCAUCAAUUUCAAUUAUAAGAUUAUCUCCAAAAUUUUAUCUAAUAGGUUUAAGCCUCUUUUGCAAAAAAUUGUUUCCCCUAUGCAGUCUGCCUUUCUUAAAGGUAGAUCUAUUCAAGUCAAUUCCAUUAUGGCGCAUGAGCUUUUUCAUACUAUGAAGUAUAAGAGAGGUGGGGGAGGUUUAAUGGCUUUGAAGUUGGAUAUGGAGAAGGCUUUUGAUUCUAUGGAGUGGUCAUUUCUUCUUAAAAUCCUAGCUUUGUUGGGUUUUCAUCCCAUUUGGAUUAAUUGGAUUGGUCAAUGCAUUACUACUUCUUCCUUCUCUAUUCUUUUGGAUGGAUCUCCGUAUGUUAAUUUUAAGCCUACUCGGGGUAUUAGACAAGGAGAUCCCCUGUCUCCUUUUCUGUUUAUUUUAGGCUCUGAGAUUCUAUCUAGGUUGAUUUUGAGGAAUGAGGCUUUGGGUUUUCUUCAAGGUAUUAAGGUGGCUCCCUUAAGUCCUCCUAUUUCUCAUCUUCUUUUUGCAGAUGAUGUUAUGAUUUUUACCCAGGCUAAGGUUCAAGAUGCUACUGCUGUUCUCAAUUGUCUUUAUACUUACUCUAAGUGGUCUGGCCAGUGCAUUAAUUUGUCUAAAUCAGCUGUUUUCUUCAGUAGAAACUGCAGUGUUACUGCCAUCAAUGGGAUUCUCAAUCUCCCUCUUAUUCCUGUUAGGGCUAAAUAUCUUGGUAUUCCUCUUUUCUUGUCUCAUAAUAAGAGAGAUGCUUUUAUGGACAUUAAAGAUAGGAUUUGCUCUAAGAUUACUAGCUGGAAAGCCAAGCUUUUAUCACAAGCUGCUCAAAUUACUGCUAUUAUGAGGAAAUUCUGGUGGGGUUUUUCCCAAGAUAAGAAGCAUUCUCUAGUUUUUCUCUCUUGGGAUACUAUUUGUCAACCUAAAGCUUUGGGUGGUCUUGGGAUUCGUCCUUUAAAGUUUCUCAAUCACUCUUUAUUAGCAAGGUUGGGUUGGAAACUUACUAUUAAUGAUCCUGCUCCUUGGGUUGCUGUUCUCAAAUGCAAGUACCUUAAGAAUAAUGUUACUUUUUUGGAGGCUUCUCCUUCCCCCUCUUCCUCUUGGCUUUGGAAGGGUUUGCUUAAUAAUAGAGAGGUUGUCAAGAAAGGUGCAUGCAUCUCUAUUUCUAAUGGUGCUCAUGUGGAUGUGUGGAGUUCUCCUUGGAUUCCUUUAUUGCCUGAUUUUUGGCCUAGACCUAAUGUGAACUUGCCUGAUCUUCUUGAAUUUUGUGUUGCAGAUCUUAUUAUUCCUAGUACUAGAAUUUGGAAUAAGUUGCUGUUGGAGGAUCUCUUUGACCCUUUCUCGGUUGAGUGUAUUCUUAGCAUUGAUUUACCUUUUGUAAGGAAUUUUGAUAAGUGGUUUUGGGCUCCUGCUUCUUCAGGUAUUUUCUCGGUUAAAUUAGCAUUUUCUGUUGCUUGUUCUUCUUUGGGUCGGAGAUCUUCUUUUCCUGUUGAAAUAUGGCAUAAGUUUUGGGAUCUAAAGAUUCAAGCUAGGUUAAAGCAUCUGUUGUGGAAGAUUGCUUGGAAUAUUCUUCCUUCCCAGGCUAAUAUUGGGCGUUUUGUAGUUUCUAUUGUUGAUGGAGCUUGGCAGUGUCCUUUUUGUAAAGGUCCUUUAGAAACUUUAAGUCAUAUUUUUCUUGAAUGUGAUUUAGCUGUUUCCUCUCCUUGGCCUAACUGUUAUGUAAGUUUUUCUAACCGGCCUAUUUCUGAUUGGGUAUUGGCUAUUCUUUUUCCUUGUGAAAAAUUGGCCAUUUCGUUUCAUGAUGCUAGAAGAUUCUAG